AAACAGGAGUGUUUACAGGAAGGGAAAAGUCCGGGGAGCUCCUGAACGCAUCACCGAUUCAGAAACGAAACCGACGGUUUGUGUUUUGCGUUGAGGGACCGAAUCAGAGCCCGGAAGCUGCACGGGAGACGAUACAAGAAGGAACCUCCCCGGACCACCGCAGGGACCGUGGACUCUGGGCUCCGGAGGGUUCUGGACUUGUCCUCGGGGGACAGCCGGGUUUUUGUGGACGGUCCCUCCAGGUGGACCCAGCCGUCAGGAGCUGCAGCAGGAAGUGGAACCCUGCGGAGGACGGAGGCAGAUGGAGGACCCGGCUGGACGCCUGCGGCCGGUGAAGCCUGGCGGAGCGGCCGGCACACGGAGGAGCACGAGAGGAAGAGGAGGAGCUUCCAGCAGGAGAGUUCAAGUCAAAGACAAGAAGAAGAAGAGGAAGAAGAAGAGCCGGAGGAAAAAAGUGAAAGCAGAAGCAAAGCUCGGAAGUGAAGCCGCAGGAAACGACGACGGAGUCGCGAUGAAGACUGAGGACGGCUCACAUCUGGAUCCACCGGCUGGAAACAUCCGGACGGAGAGCCGCGUGGGACAACCGCAGCAGGACGCCGGCGAGACGAGCCGGGACGGAUCCCCCCGGACGCAUCGGGAAGCGCAGAGCGACGCGUCCACCGAGGCAGAGGACGGGGAACCGGGGCCGUCCCGGCCGAGGCGGGACCAGGAGGAAGACCCCGACCGAGCUCCUCGCGCGGGAACCGCGUCUGAUGCCCCGGCUGUGCCUGGAGAAGACGCAGCAGAGACCCGGUCUGUGGACGAAGCGUCUCCAACGUCCCCGACGGCCCGUGAUGAGACCCGAACCACACCUCCUCCGCCUGCUCACUCCUUCAUCUUUCACAUCCAUGCUGUGCUGGACAGGAAGUUCAGGUUCAACCAGGAAUGUGACGGUCUUCUGCUCUGCCACAGCGGAGGACACGUCCCGCUGCAGCUCGUGUCCUUUGUUGGGCUGGAGCAGACGGGCGACCUGGUAGAAGCUGUCCUCUCCAUCGAGGAGCUGCACAGAGGAAGCUGGCUUCAGUAUCGGUUCGGUGUGGAGCAGAGACACAGACUCAUUCUCUCGGCUGCGACCAGACACAUCUGGAUUCCCACAGACCCGGGGAUUAAAGAGAGUCGAGUCUACGAAGGCUUCGUCUGUCGGGACGAUGCCGGUCUCUUCCAAACUGGCCUCCACAUGCUGGGCCUGCGGCGGCCCAGGGGGCUGCAGCUGUCCGGCGCCUGGCGGGCGGCGGCAGACGCUCUUCUUCACAGCAUCUUCCUCAGCUGGACUCCGUCAGACCGCCGGAGCACCCAGAGGCUGUGUGGAGACCUGCUGGGCUUCGCGUCCAGCUUCGGCUCUGCUCCGCAGACGGUCCGUUACGGAGAUCAGUCCUCGCCUCCUGUAGUCCAGGCUUCGGAGCUCAUUUCAGACCGUCUGGUCCUCAUCCUGAAGGGGGAGGCCGGGCAGGUGGCGGGCGGCCCUCUGGUUCUGGGUCUGUCGGUCUUCACCGUCUGCAGUCGAUUAGGCCUCCGGCUCGGAGGCGGACGUCUGGCCGAGCUGUGUCUCCUGGCGUCCCGGGCUGCGGCGGACCAGGAGGACCUGGACGGCCUGCGCCGCAGCCUGGAGAACCCUCAGCGCACGGUGCUGGGUCUGAUGGACACCUGUGCUGGGCUGGCGGUGCCGGAGCUCGUCCUGCUCGUCCCGCUGCUCUUCAGGCUCCGACGUCCCGGCGGCGGCGUAGGACGAGUCGGCCCGAUGGUGGAGGAGGACGACUGGUCGGGACUGAACGGCGUCCAGUUCCGCAGCUUCAGGGACAAGCUCCAGGCGUCCCCCGACAAGAGGACGAAGACGCUGGCCUUGAUCCGUGAGCGUACGGCGCCGGCUGAGGAGGCGUCGCCGCCACCGGCGAGCUUCCUCUCUCUGGUGGCGUUCGAGGACAUCCUGGACAUCUCAGACCUGCUGGGAGGAACCGCCGAGCAGCUGAUCCAGAGUCUGAUGUACCGACUGAGAACUGUCCGGCCGACAGACGCGUUUGUCCAGCAUGCUGUGAACAUCCUGCGCCGCCUGCUGCAGCAGGUCACUGAGGAGGAGGAGAGGAUCCUGCUGUCCGGGCGGGUGGAGGCGGUGUUCCUGAGCGUGGCGGGCGUGGUGCGGAGAACGUGUGAGACGGCGCGUCUCGUCCGUCAUCACCCCGCCGUCGUCCUGUCCUAUCGCCUGCUGCUGAGAGUGGCGGAACUCUGCAGCCGCGAGCUCAGAACCCGAGGAGAGGGGGAGCUGGGGGCGGAGCUGGAGGCGGAGCUGGGGGCGGAGCUGGAGGCCUCCACCCAGCGGCUGCUGGAGCUGGUCUUCUCCGCCCAGCAGCUCGUCGGCCGGUGGAGAGACGAGCUGCUGCAGGAAGCGCUGCUGACGCCCGGCGGAACGCUGGCCUACCCCGGAGAACUAGAGAUGUGGGACGCUCUGCUGAAGGUGGACGGCCUCUCUGACGAAGUGUCCUCCCGCUGGAGGAGGAGCCUGGAGCGGGAUCUGAAGAAGAGGAUUUCACAGAUGAAUGCGGAGGACAGAGUCCUGGUCUGCUGUCUCCAGUCCUCUGCGGCGGCUAUAGAGACGAGUCACCAGGCGAUGUCCAGCUGUUUCAGUGACAUGUGCCGCUCUGCGAUCCAGCUGGUCUGUCAGAGGAAGCAGGAGGGAGACCUGCUGCGCCGACUCAGCCCCCCCCGGCCCCGCCCCCCCGGCCCCUGGCCCCGCCCCACCACGGCCGUGCUGUCUGCGCUGGUGGUGGAGUCGGCCGCUCGGUUCCGAGACGACGCCGUCCUCCGGCUCCUGGAUCCACAGUCCGCCGUCAACCAGCUGCUGUCUCACGGAGACUGGAGGUCCAUCGAGGUGGACGACUGUGCGGGACAGGUGGUCCGCAGCAGCGUGGAGGCCCUUCACUCUCUGAUGAUGUCCGUCCUUGGAGGAGACGUCCUCUUUGGACACCUGCAGACCUGCCUGAAGUACAAGGAGCAGUUUAAGACCCUCUACCUGCAGCACCAGAAGACGCCCGCCGUGGACGGAGACGCCCUGCUGCUGCAGAGACAGACGGACCUGUCCCUGUUCCUGCAGACCAGGCAGCAGCUGGACUCCAUCUUCAAGAUGGUGGCAAAAGUCCGAGAAAGCAUCAGAGUUCCUCAGCUGGAGCCGUUGGAGCAGCAGCACGCUGCAGACCUUCAGGCCGUCGCCCUCAACAGGCUGCUGCUGGUUCCGUCGUUCCUGGCCGGAGGGACCGUGCCGCCGUCCCGUCCUGCUCGGGUCCUCUGGUACCGCGCCAGCCUGAACGUCCUGCAGAUGUCCAGCCAGACGUUCAGGCUGCAGCACAGCAGCCUGGUCCUGUGGUCCUGGGUGAGGCGGGCCGCGGCGGGCCCGGCGGCCGUCACCCUGACGCAGGUCUUUGAGGACAUCUGGAAACCUCUGCUGGCCGAGUUUCAGGAGCUGGCGGUCCGCGUGGCGGACGCCAGCGUCACGUUCCAGCAGCUGGACCAGGUCCUGGAGCGCUGCGGAGACGAGGGCGACGGGACUCUCCUGAAGAAGGAGCUGGAUCUGAUGGCCGAGGCGCUCCGUGAGGCCGGGAGGCGGGCGGAGGACGGCUGGGUGGAGCGGAGACUCCUUCAGAUCCAGGAGUACCGGCAAGUCCGGCGGGCGGCGGCCGCAGCCGGCGCCGUGCUGAGAAUCGCCCAGAACAUGCAGCUGUCCGGAGACUUCUCCGAGGUCGACGCCCUGAGGCAGCUGGAAGUAGACGGCUUCCGGCAGAGGCCCCUCGGCUCUCUGUCGGCAGACCUGUCCCUCGCCGGCGCCGGCGCCGAGCUGAGCGCCGUCAGCCGGCAGCAGACGCUCUGCCUGGAGGAGUUCCUCAGGAGCCGCUCUCUGGUCUGCUGGGUCAAAGAGCACCUCGGAAGCGUCAGCGAGGUGAAGGUUUACGUGGAGCUGGCCUCCAUCUCCGCCGGAGACCAGGACGAGCAUCUGGACCGGGUGGCCAGCUUCCAGGACGCCGUGCUGGGCUACGGCCCGCUGCUCUACUCCCUCCCCCCCGCCGCCGGCUUCCGCGCCUUCAUGAGGUGUGCUCGGCAGGUGUGGGACGCCCUGAACCGAGACCACCGGCUCCCGGACAAACUGAGAGAGUCGGCCCGGCUGCUGAGCUGGCUGAAAGCCCAGAAGGAGACUCACGGCUCGGUGGAGCGGUCCUCGCUGUCUUUGGCCUCGUCCAUCAACGCUCACGGAGUUUAUCAUGUGGGAUGGUCUGAGCGCAGCUCGGAGAAGAGGUGUCUGCGGAACAUGGUCCGGGUCGCAGUGAAGGACAAGACCUACGAGCUGGAGGAGCUGCUGGAGCUCCAAAACAAACUCAUGCUCAUGUCGUCCAAAGGAGAGCACGGCCGGCAGGAGGUCACCAGGUUCACCCAGAUAUUCGAGGGAGUCCAGAGACUCGGCGGCCUCCUCCUCCAGAUGCACACGUCUGGCAACAUGCUGUUCCGGGAGUGGCGAGCCACGGUGGCGUGCUGCGCCCGGCAGCAGCCCUGCAUCACAGCCACCUUCGGGUCCCUGCAGGGCCGGACCCUCCUGUUCGACGGCGCCGUGGCGGAGCGGCUCGGCCGGCUGGCCCGGUCCCUGGACCGCUGCCACCGCGGGUGGUGCUCCUUCGUCGGCGAGCUGCGCUCCGCCCGUCCCCUGCUGAACCACUACACCUCCGAGCAGAUGCUGUACUUGUGUGUGUGGAUUCAUAAAGUGUGUGAGCGGCAGGCGCCGGCGCCUCGGCAGCUCUUCGACUUGCUGUUUCCCGUCAAGCCUCGGUGCACGCUCCGGGACAUCAGAGAGGCCUACCGCCGGACGGUGGAGCGGCGGCGGGACGGGAGGUCCGGGGAGGACGUCCGGCUCCGGCGCUCAGCCGAGGACGGCGUGCAGGAAGCUCCUGACCUGAUGGAGUUUUCAUCGGAGGACGAAGAGGAGCCGGAGGCGGAGCGUGUGGAGGACGGUCUGGAGGAUCUGUGGAGACGCUUCGAGGACAACAUGUCCCGGUACCUCCGCGAGGCCCUGGACCUCCCGGCCCUGGCCGUCUUCCUCGGCAGCCUCUCUGAACUCAACCGGCAGCAGGUCCAGAGGACCUUUCCUCUGGUUCUGCGGGAAGGGGCGCCCAACCUGGUUGUGUGUGCGGCGGCGGAGGUUUUCACCGCGGCGCUGCGCGUCUACAUGGAGAGUCCGGAGCAGCCGCCGCCGUCCGCCGACGAGCUUCUGGUCUGCACGGAGGACACGGGCCGGGAGGAGGUGGAGGUCUUCCUCCGCAGGGCCCUGAGCCCGGACCCGGGCCGCGUCUUCUGCCUGCUGAACCCGGGGCUGCUGGGGUACGAGGUGGGCGUGGCCCUGGGGGAGCUGUUCCAGAGCCUGGAGGCCGGCGCCGGCCCCCGCUACCGCCUGGUGCUGCUCAGCCCCGUCGGGCACCAGCACAGAUACGUGCCGUCCUUCUUCAGCGGCGCCAAAGUGCCGGCGAGCCUGAGCGCGGCGGCAGACGCCGCCAGGACGUACCUCCGUCGCCACUUCACCCAGAGGGAGCGCUCCGCCGACGCCGUGGCGGCCGUCUCUCCCGACGGGCUGUCCGUCUGGACGGUGUCCUCCGCCCGCCCCGCAGUCGGGAAAUCUCUGUUCGUGGCUCGUCUGUUUGAGAAGCUCCAGCUGGCGUCUCCCGGAGCACAGCUGGUCCGGAUCCGGCUGAUCCGGCCCUGUGUGGAUGCGGACUCUCUGAUGAGGACCUUGUCGGAGAGGCUGUCGGGGCUGAGGGAGCAGGAUCCCGUCCUGCUGCACAUCGACGCCGCGGGGGUCGGCCCGGGCCUGGAGGAGCUCCUGUUCCGGGUGCUGGUUCUGGGUUGUUUGAGCGACAGCCGUGGCGUGCUGUGGAGAAGGAGCGAGGCUCACCUGAUUGUUGUGGAAGUCCUGAAGCCGCGUGCAGCCGGUCCCGGGCGGCCGCAGGAGUGGAAACUUGGACUUCUGGACAUUCUUCCCACGAUUCACUGCCGAUCUCCCAGAGAGGUGAAGCAGCUGCUGAGCAGUGGAAGGAAGUGGGACAGAAAGACGUUGGAUCCCCUCAUGGACGAACAGGAGUUCUGCAGUGAAGGGAUUCAAAGACCUUAUCAGUACCUGAAGAUGUACCGGCAGAAUCGGAACCUGGACCAUUUCAAAUUCCAGGAAGGAUCCGUGAGCACAGACCCUUGUGACUGUCUCGGUCUCUUCUUGUCAUUUUCUGGAAUGAACGAUCCCUCUUGGGCCGAACUGAAGAACUUCUCCUGGUUCCUCAAUGUGCAGCUGAAGGACUGCGAGAACUCAGUUUUUUGUGAUCCAGAUUUUCUGACCGACCAGCUUCCAGGUUUCAAGAGCUUCAUAGUGAAGUUCAUGAUUCUCAUGGCGAGAGAUUUCGCCUCUCCCUCUCUGAACUCUUCAGACCAGAGUCCCGUGCUGCAGGUGGACAGCAGCGAGGAAGAAGACCUCCUGUCCCACCUGACCGUCCGAAAGCGCUGGGAGAGCCAGGCCCACCCGUACAUCUUCUUCAACGCAGACCACUCCUCCAUGUCUUUCCUCGGCUUCAACGUGGAACCGUGCGGCCGGCGGAACGCGCCCGAUGCAGUUGAUCCCCAUAGCGGCGAGGUCCUGAUCUCCAGCGUCAUGUCACACCAGCUUUUUGAAGGUUUGCAGCGCCAGAGGAUUUCUCUGUCAGAAGACUUUGACCAGCUUCCGCGGACGGAGAAAAUCAGAAGGAUUUCCUGUGUGGUCGGUGCCAGGAAAGGCGUCAUGGACAGAGAGUUUGAUCCAGACCCGACAUACGAGCUGACAGCUGACAAUGUGAUGAAGAUGCUGGCCAUACACAUGAGAUUCAGAUGUGGGAUUCCUGUGGUCAUCAUGGGAGAAACCGGAUGUGGAAAAACCAGGCUAGUGCGCUUCCUUUGUUCACUCCAGAGAGAAGGAAAAGCGGUUGAAAACAUGGUGCUGGUCAAGGUCCAUGGAGGAACUACAGCUGACAUGAUCUACAGAAAGGUGCGAGAGGCCGAGAGGCUGGCUGAAAGGAACCUCGCAGAGCAUCAGCUGGAGACCAUUUUAUUCUUUGAUGAGGCUAACACCAGCGACGCCAUUUUGGCCAUCAAGGAGAUCCUGUGUGACCAGACCGUGGAAGGGGAACCACUGAGGGGAAACAGCGGAUUAAAGGUUAUAGCUGCCUGCAAUCCGUACAGGAAGCACUCACCUGAAAUGGUGGAGCGUCUUGAACGUGCAGGUUUGGGGUACAGGGUGAGGGCGGACGAAACCACGGACCGGCUCGGCAAAGUCCCUCUGAGGCAGCUGGUCUACAGAGUCCACCCUCUGCCUCCGAGCACGGCCUCCUUGGUGUUUGACUUUGGCCAGCUGAGCGAUUCAACCGAGCUGUCCUACAUCAGGCAGAUUGUCCAGAAGACAGUGGGGGACCAUCAUUUCCCAGCAGCCUGCAGGAGCAUCUUUUCAAAUGUGCUGGCAGCUUCCCAGAAAUACAUGCGGAGUCGCAAAGAUGAGUGCAGCUUUGUGAGUCUGAGAGACGUGGAGAGGUCGAUGAGAGUCCUAAUCUGGUUUUAUCAGCACAGCCCGCUCUUUUUUCACAACAACGCUCAUCUCAGCGAGGAUCACAGAACUCUGAAGUGCUUGGUUCUCGCUGUUGGAGUCUGCUACUACCCGUCUCUGGCCACCAAACAGGAGUACCUGACUGAAAUCGGUCAGUACUUUCCACAUCCCCUCUCUUCUCCAGACGUGCUGCAGGGAGAGAUUUCUUCCUGUCAGGACUUCUUCCUUCAGAACAUUCAGACCAGACAGACCAUUGCUAAAAACGAAGCCCUCAAGGAGAAUGUGUUUCUCAUGGUGGUUUGCAUUGAGCUCAGGAUCCCGCUCUUUCUGGUUGGGAAACCGGGCAGCUCCAAGUCACUUGCCAAAACUGUGGUAGCAGAUGCCAUGCAGGGCCAGAGCUCCCACUGCGACCUGUUCAAGACCCUCAAACAGGUUCACAUGGUGUCCUUCCAGUGCAGCCCUCACUCCAGUCCAGAGGGCAUCAUCGGGACCUUCAGGAGCUGCGCUCGAUUCCAAAAGGACAAAAACCUGGACGAGUUUGUGUCAGUGGUGGUGCUUGACGAGGUCGGCCUGGCAGAAGAUUCCCGCCAGAUGCCGCUGAAAACCCUCCACCCUCUCUUGGAGGAUGGCUGCAUCGACAGCGAUGCACCAGACCCACACAUGAAGGUCGGCUUCGUUGGUAUCUCCAACUGGGCUCUGGACCCUGCCAAGAUGAACAGAGGGAUAUUUGUGUCCAGAUGGGACCCAAGCGAGGAAGAACUGGUGGAAACUGCUAAAGGGAUUUGUUCCUCUUCUUCUCAAAUCCUCCUGAAGAUCAAACACCUCUUCCCACCUUUGGCAAAGGCCUUUCUCAGAAUAUGUGAAGAGACCUCAAAAAAUCAGUUCUUUGGUCUGAGAGAUUACUACAGCCUCAUUAAAAUGCUCUUUGCUGUGGUCAAAUCCUCACAACGGGAGCCAACUGGAGAGCAAUUGGUAGAAGCCAUCCUGCGUAACUUCAGCGGACAGCCAGAAGGAUUUGAUCCUGUCAUUUUUUUCCAAGAGGUUUUCCAGGACCUUGCAGAAAUCCCCAGACCGAGCACCUUGCAGAUGGUGAAGAAGAACGUUGCCCGUGGCAGGGAGGAGGAAAAUCGUUACCUCCUUCUGCUCACAACAAACAGUGCGGCUCUCCAUAUCCUUCAGCAGCAAGUCUUUGCCGGAGGUGAACACCCACCUCCUGAAAUCAUCUUUGGUUCAGGCUUCCCCAGGGACCAGGAAUACGCUCAGAUCUGCCGCAGUGUGAACAGAGUGAAAACCUGCAUGGAGACCGGACGCACAGUAAUCCUGCUCAACAUGCAGAGUCUUUAUGAAAGCCUGUAUGACGCCUUGAACCAGUACUACGUUUACCUCAGUAAGCAGCAGUACGUCGAUCUGGGCCUCGGCUCCCACAGAGUGAAAUGCCGCGUUCACACAGACUUCCGGCUGAUAGUGGUGGAGGACCAGAAGAAGGUCUACCAGCACUUCCCAGUGCCUCUCAUCAACAGGCUGGAAAAGCACCGAUUGGACCGGAGUACAGACUUGGAAACCUGGCAGCACAGAGUUCUCCACAAACUCAGAGAGUGGGUGAAAGAGUUCUCGGGCCAGGCCGCACCAGACUUCAGGCCCUGUGACAUUUUUGUUGGUUUUCAUGGCGAUGCUUGUGCCAGUGCUCUCCUGCAAGCUCUCAAGAAAAAGCAAGUUGGAGUCGAUCCCAUCGGAGAGCAGAACAGCCCAAACCAAGAGCUUGACUCCAGCAGAGGGAGAGAAGUGAGCAGGGCGACGGAUGUGGAGAUCCCUGGAGAAGAUCAGGAAUCUACUGAGACAUGUGAAGGAAGUCAGUUCUUGUCAAAAAGUGAGGAGUUGAUGGAGACAGAAAAUGGAACUUUCCCUACUGAAGAAGAGGACGUUUUAGAUUUAGCUAAGUGUCUACUGCUGAAUUGUGCAACCCCCGACGCCAUGGUGAGGCUCAAGUGUUCAGAUUUAGCAAACCAGGAGAGGGAGAAACUCCAGAGAAUCUACUUCCAGCAGCAGCAUCACCACUCACUGCGGGACUUUCUGGAAGACGACCUGAGCAGGCACCGGGGCUCCAGCAGGUUUUUGGAGGUCACGACCUUCUCCAGCCUGUUGACCAGGUCAGAUGUGAAGGUGAUGGCCCCCGCUCUGGGACUGCACACUGAGCGCAUCCUGCUGCUGGCGCUUCACCAGUUCGACACCGAAGUCUCCUUCUGCAACAAAAUACGGGGUUUCCUUCAAGACUCGGGCUCCGGGCUUCACAUCCUGCUGAUCCAGGUGGACCUGGAGGAAUUGCACUGCAACGACCAACUCAUCGCGUCGGCAAAGUACUGCACUGUGAAUUACCUGACGUCUCUGGAGGAUCCCACCUGUUGGGUGAUUUUCACGGUGAAGGUUUCCAGGAUGCAGAGUCAGUCCAAGUACAUCGGUUUCCAAGGAGGAAUGUGGCACUCUGUGCACAUCGACGACCUGAGGGACUCGGACCACAUGAGCGUCAACCUGCUGCUGUUCUGCGGCACCCUCAUCAGCAGCUUACUGCUUCCUGCACAGCCAGCAAACGAAGAAGAUGUUCCCUCUGAAAGGACUCCUCAGGGGGGCGCCGCUCAUCUCCACAGCCUGCGGUUGGUUGCUUCCUGCGUCCAGAAGGCGGUGGGCUUACUGCGGGACCCCGACAAUGCUUCCUGCAGAAGCGUGCGGCGUGUGCACAUCCUCCUCAGUCUGCUGGACCACGACCGGACAGGAACAGGCUUCCGGCGGGCGCUGCUGAGCCGCCUGGCCGAGGCUCUGGCUGCCGGAGAGGAGAAGAUGGCGGCUCCGGCGGACUGGGUGAACCAGGAGGCCGGGAAGCGUGGAGCUCUGCAGGAAGGAGGGACUCUGAGACACACGCUGUGGCGUCGUCUCCAGAGCGCCGUGACGCCGCCGCUGGCCGCCGUGCUGGAAGCCGCGGACAGGUACGCUAACCUGGACCUGCUGUGUGACGAGCGGCUCGGUCCGGGCCUGAAGCAGCUGUGGAUCGACAUCCUGGCAGACCGCCACACUUUGCAGCUGACGCCGCUUCUGAACGUGGGGGACUCGGAGCAGGAGGUGCUCGUGCAGCACCGCUUCCUGUUGGACGGCGAGGAGCAGCCCUGCUCCGCCCCCUUCAGCUGGCUCGUCCGGAUGCACCUGGAGGCUUUGUGGGAGGAGUCUCAGUUCACGCCAGAGCGGAGCAGCGGGAGGAUCCAGCAGCUGGUGAGCAGCUUCGGCGGCGGCCGGCUGGGCGCCAGGAUCCACCGGCUGUCUGACGGCGAGCGGGCGGAGCUGGGUCAGCGCUUCCUGCAGGACUUCCUGCUGCUGACCAUGAAGAUCACCUCCAGGGAGCAGCUGCAGGUGCUCAGCAGGGCUGUGCGGGGUUGCGUCUCUCAGCUCCAGACCUCCGUCCACGUGCCCCCCAGCCUCUCUCCGGCCUGGAUCGUGGCUGCCGCCAAACAUUUUGCGCCCAGACUGGACUCGCUGCGCCACAUGCUGCUGCUGCAGCCCCGCCUGGCCGGCUGCGUCCUGCAGCGUGGCCCGGCGGAGCCGCGGGACAUGGCGGAGGACAUGUUGGCGCUGGGCGUCUGCGUGGAACAGGUCACACUGCUGGACGUGACGUCGGCGCCGCAGUGCGAGGCGUUCGUGGAGCGGCUGGAGUCCCUGCGGCCCUGCGUGGAUGCGGCGUCGGGCGAGACGUACCGCGGCCUCUGCGGCGCCGCCCGUCUGCAGCAGCUGGACUCCAUCAGGUCGCUGUGGCUGGGGAUGCAGGCAGUGGCGUCCUUCAUUCAGCACGUGGUUCUCCCGACGAGGCGGGACGGCGUCCGGCUGGAGGCGCUGGCGCUCCGAUACUGCGGCCUGCACCUGAACCUGAUGCGGGAGUCGGCCGACGUGACGAGCCUGGAGACGCUGCAGCAGCUCAUCCGCAUCCUCAACGCCUUCCACCAGGACUGCCUCGGUCCGGAGCUGAGGUUCGGGGUGUGCUGUGCGGUGUGCCUGUCCCGGCUGUCCCGGCCGACUGUGCUGCCCUGUCGGCACGUCUUCUGCCUGCCGUGUCUGCGGCGCUGCCUUCAGGCUCACCGGCGGUGCCCCAAGUGCAGAGUGGAGCUGCCGGCCGACUUCGCGCCCUCCGUCUCUGCAGAUGUCCAGGCUGCUCUGGAUCAGCAGGCUUGGAUCAGACGCUGCUGCAACGCCUUCUUCUUGGACGUGGUGUCCAGGCUCUUCCUCUCUGAGCGGCACAGCCCCAGCCGGGGGGUGGUGGAGCUGCUCUUCUCCUUACUGCUCUGCGCUCACGGAGACGUGUACCGGACCAGGCAGCUGUCUCCCUUCCUGGAGUGUGUGGACAACAGCCCUGUGGUUCGAUCCGUUCUGCCCAAACUGCUGCUGCAGCACAGUUUUGAGCAGGUGAAAACUCAUAUUCAGACUCACCUGAGGAACCUGCAGGAGAAGUUUCUGGACAGAGAAGAUCACACCGAGCUCUACCUGCUCUUUGUCAACUGCUUCCAGGACUCUUUGCUGAGCUCCAGAGUGAGGAGGCUGCAUCAGAGUGAGGAGGACCAGACUCAGGCCGAUGUCCAGUUUCUGAGCAGAAUGGCCAGAAAGCAGAGCGCAGACAGACUGCAGGAGCCGGCAGAGUUUCUGCUCGGCAUGGCUCGACUCAGGAUCUGUCUGGAGGUCGCUGCCAAGCUGCUGCAGGAGGCUGCACAAGGCGUGGAGGCCGGGGAGGCGGCUCCGUACCUGCAGCAGGUGAGCGCUGUGUGUCGGUACUCCGGGAACGACUGGCUCAGAGUGUAUCUGCUGCGGGCGUUGCACCGGCGCUCUGGGAUGGACUGCAUCCUGUCUCUGAUGAACAGCGCCACCUGGAGCUGGCUCUUCCCUCCACAGCUGAUUCGUCUGCAGAAGCUGGUUCCCUCUAACGUGGAUCGGUUCCUCUGCUGCGGAGCAGCUUACCGGCAGCUGAGAGACGCCGUGACUCAAAGUGUCCUGCAGGACCAGCAUGAAGGCUUCCAGACGGCGUUACAGACGUUGGGAGCUUCCCAGACGAGCCUGGUGGCUCUGGCUCUGUUCAGACAGAUCACCUGCCGAUACAGAGCGUCCGACUCCUGCCUGCAUCCGUCCUCACAGGAGCGCCGGAGGCUGGAGGAGCUGCUCACCAACAUCAGACCGGCGGAGUUCAGGGACUUCUGCUCCUCACUUCUGUCCAAUCAGAUCGGUGGACGGGGCUCCCGUCUCCGUCUCGGCCCCGGCCUGCCGGCUCAGAGACACGCCCUGCUGGAGCUGCUGGUCCAUGUGGACUCAGUGCUUCUGAGUGGAACCACCCUCCUGGUUCCUCUGAAACAAAUCGCUUUCCUGCCCCAGAACGCCACGGACGCCUUCCUGCCCACCAUGCCUGACGAUCACUCCACGGAGGCCAGGGUGUGGCUGGCCGGAGAGCACAGGCUGACGGAGUACACAUGUGCCAACGGACACGUUUGCUUUGUGGGGGAGUGCGGUCGACCGGUGGUCACGUCCAAGUGUCCGGACUGCGGCUCUCCUAUUGGUGGCGUGCGGCACACGCCCGUGGCUGGCUUCACCCGACAGCAUCAGCAGCGAGACAACACUCGGACCGGACACGUCCUCGGAGAUGCGCAUCGGCGCUCCGAAGCGCCCGAAAGACAGAUGACGUGUGCUCAGUCCGGCGUCCUGCGGCUGCUGACGCACCUCGCCUUGCUCCAGGGCGCCGUCGGAGAUGAGACCAGCGUCGGGGCCAUGAUCCACCCCAGGCAGGAGGACGUCUGCGGCUUCCUGUGGAGCCACCUGGACCAGGAUCUGAGAGUGUUGGGCCGGAGUCUGGACCAGAACGCGGACAACACGGUGGUAGCGGUUCAUCUGGUCCUGACCAGACUCGGAACAGGUCCCAGAGCAGAUCUGUCCUCCCGAGAGGGACGGCAGCAGAGUCCCAGAGCAGAUCUGUCCUCCCGAGAGGGACGGCAGCAGAGUCCCAGAGCAGAUCUGUCCUCCCGAGAGGGACGGCAGCAGAGUCCCAGAGCAGAUCUGUCCUCCCGAGAGGGACGGCAGCAGAGUCCCAGAGCAGAUCUGUCCUCCCGAGAGGGACGGCAGCAGUGGGAGAAGCUCGUCUGUCAGUCUGCCAUCAAUCCAGUCAUUCAGGAUCUGCAGAGGAGCGUGUCCGCCGCCCAGGAGGCGAUCGCCGCCGACCGCGGCCUGGCCGGGAGUCCGCUCAUGGAGCUGCUGGUGGGGGACCCCGGGAAGACGCUGUCGCUGCCCUCCAGCUGCCCCACCCACCACUCCUCUUUCUGGAGUCCGCCCCGGACCAUGACGGUGGAACGCUUCUCUCAGCUGGUGGCAGAAUCACCGGAACGCAGCCUGGUUCCUCUGCUCAGCCUGUUCCUCCAGAAGAUGAACCCUGUCAGCCAGCUGCCUCACCUCCCGGAGUUGGCCGCCCUGCAGUGGGACCUGGUCCGGCUGGUUCCCGUCCCGUCGGCCUCCACUGCCCCCUCCAUCACCCGCAUGCUGCAGAAGAUCCCUGCAGGGCCCCAGAAGAAGCUGCUGAGCGACAGAGUGGACCGAUUCCUCGCAGUGUGGAACGACCUCCGAGCAGAGCUGGCCGGCAGCGCAGACCCGGCCUCGGUGGAGGUGUGUGAGCUGAAGCUGACUCUGGACAGUUCCUCGGCGUUCCUGCUGCCCGGUCGACCCGGUAGACUCGGCCCCGCCUCGUGUCUGCCGACCCUGAUCGACUUCCUAACAGAGACUCACAACGGCCUGGUGAGAGCAGCCCGGGCCGGUCGCCACGACAACAGCGAGCUCAGCGUUUCCUUGGAGAAGAUCUCGGAGACUCAGCUGAUCCUGUGCCACCCAGAGAGGCAGCUGCUCCCUCUGGUGUUGGCACACCGCCACUACACCCUGAGGAAAGGCGGGGAGAAAGGCAGCAGCUACGACCUGCUGGGGAUCCAGACGCAGCUGGCUCGCUGCUUCCUGGCCGGAAAACCUCUGAUCCGGGCGGACACACCCGUGUACCUGAAGAGACACCUGCGGGACUUCUCCGUGGUGCUGGCCGAGGUCCGAGGGAAGGUCCGGCAGGAGCCGCUGAAGGGUUCUGCCGGCGGCGCCGUGAGGGCGGCGCUGCGCUCCUACACAGACGUGUGCGACGCCGUGUUCGUGGUGGAGAUCGGCCUCCGCUUCCUGGGGAAGACGGGCGGGGAUCCUGAAGCCGGCCUGCUGGCCUACCUGACCGACUGCCUGCAGAUGAAGCAGCAGGUCUCGGACGCCGUGGCCAAGGGCCUUGGGGAGAGCAGGCUGGGAAACAUUGUCUUCACCUGGCAGCUGCUGACCUGCUGGAAGUCUGAAGUGCUGCUGGACAGGAGGCAGGAUCCGUUUCAGAAACUCCCCUCGGACUUCAAGCAGGAGCUGUCGGAGGACGACCGCAGAGGUCUGAAGACUUUCCUGGGCCUCGCCGACGUCCACACGUUGUGUUUGGAGCUGCAUGAGAUUCUGCUGCUGAAGACGAACCGAGGCCGGCCGGACGAGGACUACCAGCCCCACUGGGACAUCAGGGGAACGUUGGAGAGCCACCUGGAGCAGAAGGGGGCGCCGCCGCUGCUGGGGCUGCACCGCCUCCCCGAGGAGCUGACUCUGGGCCGGGGCGCCGCCGUGUGGAGGGCCGCCGUGGACGCCAAGAGGAGAGCCGCCAUUUCUGCCCAGAGCACUUUGUUUUAGCAGUGAAUCCACGGAGGGCCUGGCGGCUGGGCUCGGCGCGGCGGCGGCGCGGCGGCGGCGCGGCGGCGGCUCGGCGGCGGCUGGGCGCGGCGGCGGCUGCAGUGUGCCGUCCAGACAGGGGAAUCGUGCCAACGCCAGCGAGAAGAUGGCUUCAUUGUUCAACUGCAAGACCUCUGAAGGUUCACGGUGUCAAAUCCAAUCUGUCCAUUUCUGGGAAUAAAGUCAUAAAAUAAAGUCCAAUGUGGUUUUCUGUGGAAAAACACUUUUCUGAACAAAGAGUCACUCAAGAUCAGAGAACAUGAAAGCCACCACGAAGACGGGUCAAGAGUGGAAAAAUAACUGCUUCAAAAAGAUGAUUGAUGGAAACAAAGUCACAACACAUCCAGCUGCACAGUGACAAAUACAGAAA